GUCAAGUGGGCUCUUGAAAGUUGCACCAUCGUAGCCCGGUUUCAAGGGAUUUCUCCCCUUCCAGCAACACCAAGGAUUUUCUGUUCAAUUCUCACUUCCAGCAACACUGAGUUCAAUUUCCACUUCCAGCAACACACUGAGAUUCAAUACCCAUUCCCAGCAACACAGGAUUUUCUGUUCAGUUUUCACUUCUAG